AUGACCGCGGGUGGCCGCGCCCGACAUGGCUCAGGUGCCGAUCUUUCCCCCUUGUUCCUAGGAAAGAACAUGCCCAAAGCCAGGGCGGGUGGCACGGAGGAGGCGAGCCCCGAGAACGGCGAGAGGAAGGGCUCCGGCCGCCCUCGGGCCGGCGGGGAGAAUGUGUUUAUUGGUCAAUCCAAAAUCUACAGCUACCUGAAUCCUAACAAAACUCCUGGUGCUCGCUCCCCACUUCAAGAGGAAAACUCUGUCAUGUAUCACGAGGUGAAAUGUCAGGGCAAAGCACUAAAUGAAACCUACAGGAAAGGGGAUGAGAAAAGGAAUGGUGGCAAUAUAAUUGAAGGUGCUAUGAAACCAGAAGACCAGAAGGAUAAAGAAAGUGGGUGCAAUACUUCAGUGCCCUCCUCUGAUCAAAACCAAGAAACUGUAGAAACUCAAAAGACUCCUAUGCCUUCUGACUAUGUUGCUGAGGCCAAUGCAAAGCCAGCUCAGAAAAAGACAGUUAAAGCAAAACGUGGACCAAGGAGAAAAGCACAAGGAAGACCACCAAAUCGAAAAGUGACAGAUUAUUACCCAGUUAGAAGAAGUUCCAGGAAGAGCAAAUCUGAAUUGGAGACUGAGGAGAGGAGGAAAAUAAAUGAGCUAAUUACAAGUGGGAAAGAAGAAGGAAUGAAGAUUGAUUACAUCGAUGGCAAAGGAAGAGGAGUAAUUGCUACUAAACAGUUUAAUCGGGGAGAAUUUGUAGUUGAAUAUCAUGGGGAUCUUAUAGAGAUCACUGAUGCUAAAAAGAGAGAAGCUGUUUAUGCUCAAGAUCCAUCCACUGGCUGCUAUAUGUACUAUUUUCAGUACCUCAGCAAAACAUACUGUGUUGAUGCUACAAAAGAAACUAAUCGUCUGGGAAGACUGAUUAAUCACAGCAAAUGUGGCAAUUGUCAGACUAAGCUCCAUGACAUUGAUGGUGUGCCUCAUCUCAUACUGAUAGCUUCCAGAGACAUUAAAGCAGGUGAAGAACUGUUGUACGACUAUGGAGACAGAAGCAAAGCAUCCAUUGCAGCUCAUCCGUGGCUGAAACACUAAUUCAUCUUCUUGCUUUGGGUUUUUUGGUUGUUG